AUGGAAGUAGUCAACAAUGUUACCGAGUUUAUAUUUUUAGGACUUUCCCAAGAUCCUGGAAUGCAACUGAUACUCUUUGCUCUAUUCCUCCUCUUCUACAUGGUGAUCCUGGGGGGAAACCUGCUCAUUUUGCUCAUGGUUUUUUCUGAUCCCCGGCUUCACACACCCAUGUAUUUCUUUCUCAGUAACUUGUCCUUUGUGGACAUUGCCUAUUCCUCAGCCACAGCACCCAAGAUGAUUGCAGACUUUGUUUCUGAGAAAAAGAUUAUUUCCUACUGGGGCUGUGUAACUCAGAUGUUUACCUUCCACUUUUUUGGUUGUGCUGAGAUUUUUGUUUUGACCGUCAUGGCUUUUGACCGUUAUGCCGCCAUCUGCCAACCGCUCCAUUAUACCACCAUCAUGAGUACCACCGCUUGCACCCUGCUGGCAUCACUGUCCUGGCUGGGAGCCCUGGCUCACUCCUUUGUUCAGACCCUCCUGACCUUUCAGUUACCCUUCUGCAGCUCUCAGAUCAUUGACCACUAUUUUUGCGAUGUCCACCCAGUUCUAAAACUUGCCUGCGCUGACACAACCCUAGUAAACAUGUUGGUGAUUGCCAACAGUGGCCUCAUCUCCCUGGGGUGUUUCCUCAUUCUUCUUGCCUCCUACACAGUCAUUUUAGUCAGUCUUCGGAAGCAGUCUGCUGAGGGCCGGCGCAAGGCUCUCUCUACCUGUGGAUCUCACUUCACUGUAGUAACUUUCUUUUUUGUCCCUUGUAUCUUUAUUUACCUCCGUCCAUCCACCACUUUCCCACUGGAUAAGGCUGUGUCUGUGUUCUAUACCACCAUCACCCCGAUGCUAAACCCACUCAUCUACACUCUGAGGAAUAAGGAUGUAAAGAAUGCCAUGAAUCGGGUGUGGAAUCACAAAGUCUCCUUGAAGGAAAAGCAGAAGGCAUAG